AUGAAUCCAUCUUGUGCCCGCUGUAAAAAGACUGUCUAUCCAAUGGAAAAGCUGAAUUGCUUGGAUAAGGUGGAGUAAACUCAUUCCAUCCCAUGUUGGCAGUGAGAGCGUGGGGUUCGCUCGUUAUAGGGCUUCGCGAUGUUGGCGUGUUUUGUUCUGACAUCUUGCUUCUGUUUCUGCUUUUUCAGUAUUGGCACAAAGGAUGUUUUUCUUGCGAAGUUUGUAAAAUGACGUUAACGAUGAAGAAUUAUAAGGGGUACAGCAAGCUACCCUACUGUUCAGCGUAAGUCAGUAAAACUGUAGUUAAUUAUCUAGAGUCCUGCCACAGCGAUUUCCGUCUGAAUAUCGUUACGCAUGCAUUUCACAUUUGCAUAGAAAUAAGCGUUAAGACUCCCUGUGUCUACAAAACGGUUAUCAAUCGUGAGCCGUUCGUUACUUCAGGUUAAUUGCAAUCACCAACCGCGCUAGCUAGUUGUCACGACCAAAAAUCUCUGGAUUUUCGAUUUUUCUUCUUCUUGAACAGUCGCUACGUGCUAAUAGUUAACUGAAUGAUUUAGCGUCGAAAAUCCAUUGCAUUUGGAAUAUAAUGCUCCUCCCUCAAUUAAUGUCACUUUCGAAAUAUUCAACGGUUACUAUCCUUCUUCCUUAGUCCAGUAUCGUUCAAGACUGAAUUGUUUGUACGUUCUUUGAAUAUUCUCGGAUCGUGUGCAUUAUUUUGCCACAGUAUGGAGUAUGUGAAUAAUAAAGCUAAUCUAUUUGACAUUGCACAAAUCUGCCUGUUAUUGAAAACGCUGUAGCGAUAGAGUAGAUUGGAAUCUCAAUUGCGAUAGCUAGAUUUGCUCUCGUCCAAUCGUCACACCCUGUGAUUACUAUUUUUUUGAUUUCAUGUUGAGGUGAAAGGUGAAACUUCUGCAGAAACUUCCAUUCAGCUAACUCCUGUUAAGUUUUGUUUAAAAUCAAAUGAAUAUCGUCAGAAAUAAAUUAAAGUUUUCGUCAAGAAGGUGAUGAAAAAUAUCUGUUCAUUUGUUCGUACAGUAUUGAUUGUACACAGUCCUCGCCACGUUAUCAUGGCUGUCGGAGAGACUUUUUUGUUUAUGUCUGUUGUUCCUCUGUUUUGAUUAAUUAGUAAUGGUUCCCUCGGUCGAAAGAAUUAGUAAUUAGCUGCAAUCCUUUUUCGUUAUCUGUAAAUUGUUCCCCCUGUUUUUGUUUACACAAAUUACUGAUUAAAAUUUCCCUUCCAAGGGUUCAUUGAAAUACAUUUAAUAAAAAUUUAUGGAAUUUUUGCCCAUGGGUGUGAGACAUUUACAUGUGCUUUGCAUGGUUGGUGUUGUGUCAUGUAAUUUCACAGAAAUUCCACCUUUUUGAGGAAAACUUGAAAAUGUGAAGGACUACUAUUUGUUGCUUAUUUUAAUGUUUGAUUUUACUGGUUUGGCACUUUACAACUCAAGAAAGAUGUUAACAUUGAUUACCAUGGUGAAAUACAAGCCUGAGGCUAUUUUUCGUUUUCCAAUCAUUUUUAACUGUUCUCCCAACUUUGUAAGUGAGUUUUUACACAGCAGAUCAAAAAAGCACAGCCUGUGAAAAGCUCAUUUAUCUUGUAGCAAACAUCACCUUUUCUGUAGACCACAUCCCUUUUUUCUAUAUGUUGCUAUUGUAGAGAUUGGGAAGGGAAAACAGGUGUUUGGGCCUGUAGCCCCUAGUUUUUAAUAGUAAUGUCAUGCCAAAUGGUAUGGGCCAUUGCAGAUGCAAAGUUGGUAAGCUGGAGUAAAGGGAACAUGGGUAUUUUUGUUAGUGAUAUAACUCAGUUACGCAGUAUCCUGCUGGUAGCAAAAGAAUGAAAAAGUUUUAUUUACAUGUCACUGAAAGAAAACAAACUAAACAAGUGUCCUGUUCAGGUGAAGAGCAAUCAAUGCAUGAUACAGUACUUAUGAACUUAAGGUGUAUACAUCCUUCCUCAGUUGAAACAAUCUUGUUUAGUAAUUGUAACCUAAUGAAAUGGGAGACUCAAAUUAAUGUUUAAAUUUUCUAAUGGAUUAUUUAAACAAUCAUUUGCCAAAGUGAAUGUUGUUGAAUAAUCCUGAGACAAAAUCAAGGGAAUUAUUCAACAAUGUUCGCUGAGCCAGUGGCAAAUAAUUAUUUUAGUUUAAUUGCUCGGGUGCUUUUGAAUUCAAUUGUAAAUGCUGUAAAUAAAGAUAGCAUUGGGCAUAUUUUAUUACAAUCACCUACCAAUCAGAUCAUGUGCAUCUCUAUAAUCAGGUAAGCAAUUAUACUAAAUCAUUUUAACAAUUGUCAGAGUUGCAAAUAUUCUUCUUCAUCAAUGUCCACAAAAUAUCCUGGGCCAAAUGUCGUGGAUUGCCUCACUUUCUCUUUUAAAAUGAUUUGAAUAUGCUUUUCAGGCACUACCCCACUACAAAAUUUACAGCAGUGGCUGACACACCAGAAAACCUACGGCUGGCUUCAAAUACAAAGAAACAGAGCAAUGUGAGUUGACUUUGUUUGCUAAUGAAAAGGGGAUAAGUCUCUAAAAAAACUGUGAGGCAUGCUGGUGGGGAGUACAACAAGAUAAUUUUGUUGUAAUCAACUGAGUUGAUAAUGUGAACUGGCCACUGUAAAGAGUUUCAAAGUUGGUGUUUAAAGCAUUAGCCCUUCACUAGAGAAAAGGCUGUUUGCAUGCAUUCAGGGAAAUUUGGUGAAUUGCUUUAAGGUCAUCCUGUGAAGGACUAACAUCCUGUCUUAAUGGAUGAGCAAAAUUCCCUUUACCUCUAUGCCAACAAAAUUGGGAUAAGAACUCGGUGUCUUGCAAUAAGGAUUGGAGUAAAAGGGAUUUUUCUUGGGAGAUUUUGGAGAAACAAGCCAUAGGUAAACACUGCUUUGUUCAAUUGAAGUACCAUGUGCUUUGCUAUCACUUACCCUGCAAGAACAUACACUGCUGCUGCUUGUGGAACACCAAGGCUCUUAUGUGAAUCAUGCAGUAAGGGGCUAGUAAGGGUUUCUUGUGCAUCACUCUUUCUAUCAAUCUUUCAGAUUCAAUAUCACAAGGACUUUGAAGCUCAAAAAGGGCAUUACACACCAGUGGCUGAUGAUGCAGAGACAAAGAGGGUUCAGGAGAGCAACAGGAUUGCAAGCCAGAUAGCGUACACUCAACACUCUUCAGGACAGAGUCGUCUUGGCAUUCAACAACGUAGCCAGGAAGGUAUGUUUUUUUUUGAGUUGUGGGUAGAUUUUUCCAAGUUCAAAAAAUGGCAAAAUAUGUAGGAUGAAAAAGUGGCUGGUUUGGGAUAACUGGGCUCUGAAUGCUUUUGUCUAGUAGAAAAGAUAUAAAUCUAUGCCUGACUAACCUAAGAAGUAGUGAAAUAAGUGAAAUAAAAGGUUGUUUUGAGCCACUUGUAUAUAUGGUAAUCAGGAAGUUUAGUAGCCUGGCAUAUAGACAAGAUGAUAUUGACUCUAUUUGACUCUUAAAAGUUCACUUUGUCUUAAUUCUGCUUUGCAACAGUGUUGAUUUAAAUGUCAUACAAAAAUUGCAAUUUCAUUAAAAAGCAGUUUGUUUGGAAAUGACCCGGUUAAUUAUAUUUUGGCAAAUUACUGUUUCUUGCAAGGUUAGUUUUAAUCCUAUCACUCCUAAGAGUGACAAGCAUCCAAUAUCUCCUCUCACUAUCAAUGUUGAAUCAAGCAUUAUGAUCACAAGAGGAAAGGAAAUGAUUGCCAUUUGAAGAAGUUAAACAAAUUCUCCUUUUCAGCCUCUGAGGAAAUAAACAUAUGCUGAUGUUAGUGUGUAAAGUGUUGAAGUGAAUGGGUAAAGUUCUGAUAUAAUAAGUCAUGAUAGAAUUAGUUUUUAAGUGAGAAGAAUUAGUAUUUGGCUGAAAUUUUCUCUUAAUCCAUCUAAUGUACCCAAGCAAACCUACAAUUUCUGGCAUCUUGACCCAGCUGUUAAACCUUCCUUUGCAUUAUUAGAAGUGAGACAAAUCCAGACUCAGCGGCGCAUGUCUCAAGAGCAUCCAAUGGCAGCAGAUCAUUCAUAUCAACCUCCACCACAAGCGUAUGUGCCAGAACCUUCACCACCAGCACCAAAUCCUGCUCCAGUAUCAAGUGCAAAGGUUAAUGUUUUUCUGAAGAAAUAGCUUGGUGCUGGGUUCUUUGCUAGAAAGCAUAAUCAUGUAGUCUUGUAAAAGUAAAACAGAGCAAUGACAUUGGGCAAUCAGAUUGAAAUAAAGUACCAAAAGGAGCCAUUGACUGGGUUUUCAUGGGGUGGUGGAAAAAGUUCAGAUUUUGUGUCAGCUACUUUGUUAACUGUGAACAGUUUUGAACUGGUUCUAACAUUAAUGUCUGUGUAAAAAAAGUUACUCAGGUAUGCCUCAGAAUGCUGGAAAUCACAUCUCAGAGAACUUCACCCUUUUCAAAUUUUUCCAGGGGAGUAUGCUCUUUAUGCUCUCCCACCCCCCCUAGAAGGGUCUAUUACAUUUGUAAUGUUAACCCUGCACUGAGAGUUUGUGGUAAAUAACAGAGGAAAAACUGGAAUUGAAGGAAACACAAAUUAAUAUGUUACAUUCAGAAUUGGUUUUGUAUCUGAUUUAUUGAGAGCAUGGGGCAAGUUUUUCUCUACCUUCUCAAAACUGGAUUGCUUUUCAUGCUCGCCAGAAAAUUGUUAUAAUGGUUGUCAGUUAUGCAAAGUUCAUUUCCAUAACUUCAGAUUCUUGUGGAAAUUUUACCAACGAUGGUUGAAACACCUUAUAGAAUUGGGUCUUGAAUUUAUUGAAUUACUGAUAUGUUGCAAUGAGACCUAGCAACACAAACUGAUCAAAUUUGCAUUUUUCCUCUGACAGAAAUAUGUGGCUCUGUAUGACUACACGGCAGCAGAUGAUGACGAGGUCAGUUUUAUGGAAGGUGACUUGGUCAGUGAUGUUACAGUGAUUGACGAUGGGUGGAUGGAGGGACGAGUGGAAAGAACAGGAGAGUAUGGAAUGCUGCCUUCAAAUUACGUUGAGUCAAUCUGAUGAAGAGAUGCAGCUUUAUUUUGCAUUUGAGCCAGAUUGUUAGUUGCAUUUGUUAGGAAAAUAAUUUAAAUAGUGUGUUGGACUUUUGUUAAGGGUGACAUCAGUAGAAUUUUCUUGACUAACACGAUAAUAUUGAUGACUUAUUUGGUGCUCGAGCCUUUUACCCAAGAUAUUUCAAAGUUGUCACAAAUAGGAAAUUAGCCAUGUGAAAAAUUAAAUUCACCAUAAAAGUUUAAUAUUACUAACUCAGUUAAGAAACAUUCUACAGCACUGAACUAAGAAAAUAUUAGACAAGCGUGAAAUUGAUUACACCAGAAGAAAUAUGAAUGUGACUUUGCAGUGGUUCAAAGAUCAUGAAUUAUUACUCAAACUGAUUCUCCUCCAUUCUUCAUGGAAGGUAACAUUAUAAAUGUGGUGAUGGCUUGGGCAGUGAGUGUGAGCUUUUGUAUGUUCAUGUUUGUUGAUCUGUUUGAAGAAUUGACUGAAAGGAGAUGGGUGGAACCCUAUUUCUUAGAUCUGUGUUCUGUGUAAGCCAUAAGAUGCUGUAAUUUUAUGGGUGUCUACAGAAAGAGUAACUACUGAGAGAAAUUCAUGUACUUCAGUUGAGAUAUUCCUAGGUAUUAAACAGUAAGAGAAAUACAUCUAGGUACAUGUAGGGUAGAAUUCAUACCAUAUGGAACAUGAGCCCCAAACUGGUGUUAUCACAUGUACCAUAAGAGCUUUGGCUUGCUAAAAGUUGAAGCAGUUUUUAGGGGAAAAAUUUCCUUAAUAUUUAUCAUUAAAAGGUCGUAACUUUUGCUUCAUGUGAAAGGUGAAACAUUUUGUUUUCUAUUAAUUUUGAAACCUGCUAACAACUGAACAACAAAUCCAAAUCCACUUAGGUAUCAGUUAAUUUGAAGUGGGAAAGUCAGCCAUCACAAAAUGAAUUGGCUGCUAGAGAUUUCGAGUAAGACAUUUCAGUGUCUGCUACUCAGGCCUGUUUUUCCUUUACUGUGCUGGCAUAAGUGUCCAUAUCAAUCAAAAAUUUUCAAUCAGUAUGCAUGCGCUUGCACUUAUACUUGCUUUGAGGCAGUUUUUGCUGGGGAAUGAGCACUUUUAUGCAUUUGCUUUUAUCAGUAGUGCAAACAGGUCUUCCAACUGA